GCCAACAUGAACGUGGGAACAGCCCACAGCGAGGUGAACCCCAACACCCGUGUCAUGAACAGCCGGGGAAUCUGGUUGUCCUACGUGCUGGGGAUUGGGCUGCUGCACGUCGUGCUCCUCAGCAUCCCCUUCUUCAGCGUCCCCGUGGUUUGGACUCUCACCAACAUCAUCCACAACAUGAGCAUGUACAUCUUCCUACACACGGUGAAGGGAACUCCCUUUGAAACCCCGGACCAGGGGAAGGCGCGGCUGCUGACACACUGGGAGCAGAUGGACUACGGGGUGCAGUUCACGGCCUCGCGCAAGUUCCUCACCAUCAUGCCCAUCGUUCUGUAUUUUCUAACCAGCUUUUACACAAAGUACGACCGGAUACACUUCAUCAUCAACACCAUCUCCCUUAUGAGCGUCCUGAUCCCCAAACUGCCUCAGUUCCACGGAGUCCGGAUCUUUGGGAUCAACAAGUACUGAGCUGUGCAGCUGGAGGGAGUGGAAGAGGAGCAGGGGAGAGGGGGAAGAUCCUUCUCUCCCGUCCUGUUUCUUCACCCCAUGCACACUGGGAUGUGAUUUCACAGCAGCUGUUUAACUGCAGUAUCCAAUAGACACACACCACAUGCUGGAUCCUCAUGCCCAAUAAAUCUAAACAAGCUCCA